AUGAAGCGGCCACUAUCUCUGGGCCAAGCCUCCUUGCUUAUGAACGUACGUGAAAACUACCAGGCUAACAGCUUGCGGGCAAAAUCUAUUCGCCAUGCCCUACUGCAGCUGAUGAUCGAUGUGCCUAUUCUCCUGGGGGCAAACACCACCACCGCAAAGGAUGACAUGGAGGCCGUGAUGGAGUUUGAGACCAAGUUGGCUGAGAUUGUGUUCAGAGAGAAGAUCAGGACGAGUGGAGACAUUCAGACCAAGCUCAGCAUACUGGAUUUACAAAGCACCAUUCCACAGUUUGACUGGCUUCGCUACAUCAGGACAGUGAUUGACUUUGAAGAGCACCCUCACCUCAUACACAUGAAUAUGUCAGAAGAGGUCAUUGUGGACUCCGUGCAGUAUUUCAAGGACUUGUUCCGGUUGCUAGAAACUGUGGAAAACCGAACUGUGGCCAACUAUAUUGUAUGGAGAGUCGUGUAUAGUAGAUUGGGGAACCUCAGCCAUCGAUUCUUCAACAGGUUCAGUGAAUAUAUUAAGGUGGUUACAGGCAUGAAGUCGUUGUCUCCACGAUGGGACACAUGUACCUCCUUUGUCGAGGCUGUCAUGCCGUAUGCUGUGGGAAGGAUGUUUGUGAAAGCUCAUUUUCAGGAGAACAAGAAGAAGCUGACUGAAGAUUUAGUUGCUGGUAUUCGUUGGGCAUUUUUGGACAUAGUGGAUAAGGAAAAUGACUGGAUGGAUGCUGAAACCAAAGACAAAGCAAAAGAAAAGGCUAAGGCUAUUCUCGCCAAGAUUGGAUAUCCCACCUUCAUUCUGAACGACGAUGCAAUUAACAACAAGUACAGAAAUGUAAAAUACCCAAGUUCUGAUUGCCCCCUGAUGCUUUGUUCAGUUUGUGCUUCAGCAAGAUUCUAUGCACACCAUUGA